GAACUCGAUCAAGUCAAAAUAUUUUUUAACUGAUGAAUUAUUAUAUUUAUUUUCGAAUAAGCAAUCUGCAGAGUGGUAAUUAUUAAGACUAAGAUUUUAUACAAUUUUAUUUAUUGAUUUUGAGUUUAGUAGACAACAGCGGAUAGCGUAAGCCGAAAGUUGGCUGAAAGUUCAGUAGGCCUACUUUAUUCUUUAAGUAGCAUCCCGAGCCGAGUCCGACCGUGACUUUGAAAUGUAAUAUUAUAUUUGAUAUUAUUUAUUAACUUAUUUUAUUUAAAAAACGCAGAACAAAACGAGAACCACACUAUCACUAGAUAUAGAUAGAUACAGGCCUACAGAUACAAUGAGUUUGAGGGCUUUGACUUUGUCUUUGUGCUCAUCACUCAUCAACUGUCUUAGUCUUAGUACUCUUAGUCUAGCCUUUUAAAUAGGCCCAGUACAAGGAUUGUGACAGAUUGAAAUAGAAAGACAGGAUUAUGUUCUUCUUUUAUUGUCCAGUCUUUCUAUUUCAAGCUUCCACAUUGGUCCACAUACCUUGUUUUUCUGUUUCCUAAGCAUCAGCAUAGGCUAUUAUUAUUAUCAUAGUCAUAGGCUAAGUAAACUUAAACUAUAUAUGUAUAUAAUAUAAUUCGCCAGCAAAGGUCAAACACCAACACGGUUCAAACACCACACAAAAUAUAUAUAGAUACGCAAGAGUGUGGUUAAAUAAUGAGUUCACUAGCGCGCAAAAUAUAAUUCCCGAUAACUAUGCUAAAAUGAUAUAUAUCUAUUUUUAAUAACGCAAUUGCGUUUGGUGUGUAAUAUUUUCUUUUCAGAAAUGAAAUCGUCUCAAUUUAAGCAUUGUUUAAAAAAUAUUCGGUUUAAAAGUGGUUUAGACAUGAAAAUAUUAAUAUAGUUCAUGGGCGUGAAAUAAAAAGUGUGCAGUGACGUAUCAUGGGGGAAGGGGUGUAGCAAAUAUUGGGAUUCUUAAAUGUGCAUAACUUGAGUUCAUGUUUUGUCAAGUAACUUUACUAGGUGGGAAGUUCACGCCGCCAAUGUUUGGCGGGCUCUAUCUAGUAUUAUAUUAUUAUAGUUAUAGUACACGUACAAUGUACAAGUAUAAAAAAGCUAAGAAUUCAUUAAGUAAUCUGUUCUUCCCAUUAAAGAAUAAUUGGUAAAUUGAAUUAUUAUUAUACCCUUGUCAUAAUGAUAUGUCCUAAUUAUUUAACCAAAAAAAUUGUAUUAUAUUGUAUUAAAAUAUAAUUUUGCAAAGAACAAGAGAGAAAGAAAAUUUACUUCAUAAAAUUUAUAAAUUCAUUCUUUACAAUUAGAUAUUAAUUUAUAUCGUAAAGUUUAUUUGAGAAUGCCACUGAUUAUAGUCUUUAGUAUUAUAGAUACAAUCUUUGCUUCAACUCGUUCACUGACCCUCACUUUCCUGUCUAUCUCUCUGAACUGUUGCUUCCUUACAUCCCCACAAGACAACUUCGUUCUUCCAUUGACAGUAGAACCCUCUCAAUCCCAAGAACCGAAACUAAGACCAUCGGUGAACGCUCCUUCUACUUCCAUGGGCCCACGUUCCGGAACCAGCUCCCCUUCCAUAUCCUUCAUUGUGAAACCUCGUCCAUUUUCAAAAAGUUCCUUAAAACUCAUCUGUUUAGGUCCGCCUAUGACCUGUGAUGCACCCUCCUUGCCCUGCCUCAUUUUCUGUUUUGGGAUGAUCCUGAAGUAUAGGCCAAAACGUGUCAAAGUGUCCUCGUUUUAUAGCCAUUUUCAUUGUUUCUAUAGUAUAGUAGCAGUUACUAUCCUAGUGUCUCAUUUUUAUUUUACUUAGUUUACAUGUUUUUAAUAAUUGUAAAGCGCUUAGAGCUUUAUGGUAAGCGCUAUAUAAAAAUGCCUAAAUAAAUAAAUAAAUAAGAUAAAUGUAUUUGUGAAGAAUUAAUUAUUACAUAAAACUCUCAUUCUGGUCUCUACAUCUGUUCUAGGUUUACAAAGCAGCAUGAAAAUUCAUUGAUUUCCCUUCUUCAUUCAUGGGAAGGAUUAUGUUUGUAUAUUCAACCUCUGACUAAAGGAAAAGCCUGUUAACUCUGAAACUGUUGUUGAUUUGGGUUGGUAAAUCAUUUAAUUAGAAAAUAUAUUUUCAACUUGAAAUUAAAAUCUUUUUUAAAAAUUAUUUUUUGGUCAAUAAUACUGAUUUUACUUUAACAAUUUGAUUUAUUACAUGUUUUCACUCUAACUAUUUUCACCUUCAACUUACCUCAAUGCAUAUUUUUCAAUAUUCAUAAUACUGUAUUACAUACAUUGAAAAAAGGGGGGGGGGGGGGGUUUUUUUUUGAGUGCUUCUAUAAAGUCCAGAUUGGCCAAAAGUUAACACUAUGUUGGUAUGAUAACAAAGCAAUUUAGUUUUAUUCCUAAAAAAUUUCCUAAUGAAUCAAUUUUUUUUUUACAAAAAAUCUGUGGUAAUUUCAAAAGUUCAUUUAAAAGAAACAGGAUGUAUCUAAAUCAUCACAUUAUAAUCAUCCCUGGAAAUUCCUGAUUUAAAAAAAAAAAAUUAUCACAAUAUCUAAACAGGAUCUAAUAAAUGCUCAUCUCCAUUGCUUUUUACUUUUUGCUAGCUACAGACCUACUUAAGCCUUUUACAAGAAAAUUGUCUAAUAUUUUUUCCUGAUUGCUCUCAUUGAAGGAUAUUUUAAGUUUUGCUGGAAAACAAAAUAUUCUUAGUUAAAACUUGUAAUUUAAUUGCAUAAUAUCCGAGUCAGAGAUUACUACAUUUAAAUUGAAGUUUUCAACUUUACUUUUAUUUUACACUAAAAAAGCACCAGCAGCCAGCCGAGCUAAUGUCAAAUCAAAAUUGUUUGUCAAGCAGUCAGUAACAUUUUAGAAUUGCAUAUUUUAGCAGUUACUGAUUUUUGUUUACACGUUUAAACUGUAGUAGAACCUGUUAUAAAUUGUAGUUACUUCUCAUUAAUACUCAAUUGACUUUUAACCAUAUUUUAAAACUAACUUUGAAAAAAGUACAAUAAAAUAUAAGCUUAUCAAUAAACAUUAAUAAGAAGAUGCCAGUGUCAUUGUGUUAUGCUCUGUUCAAUAGUGGGAAAAUUAAAAUUCCCUUAUUGUAUACACAACGAUGUGCAAAUUUUUAUCCAAUAUUCAUGUGAGUUAAACUUCUUAAUUCUAAAAAUUAAUGGGAAUCUUUAAAAAUAUGAUGGUGAAUUUUGUUUAUUUUAUGUAAAUCUGAUCAAUUUAAAUCUGAUAAAAUAAAUCUGCUUAUAGUUAUUAGAAAAUAUAUGUAAUAUAUAUAAGAAAAGCCCAGACAUGUUCUUCUUUCUGGCUAUCUGGAACACUCAGCUCCAGCGGGAAAACCAGCUUUUCGCAUCACAAGUGCUUACAUUAAGUCUAAGUAAACAACACUAAAUGUCGCCAGGGGGAACACAAAAUUAGUGCAAACAUUAAGAAAAUGGAAGUUGGCGUAUUUUGUUAUCACUGAGAGUGUUAGUAAAACAAGUGUUGAGGCUGGUAAGGUCAACAACCUUUUCUAUGAAUUUUUUAAUGUAAAUAGAAAUUGUGCUGUCCAGAAUGUCACCAAAAGGCCGGUACAGGAAAAAAAUUUUUUAAAAAUUUCUUGAGUUUGUGAAGGCUGGUUUAAAUUAUUGCAUAUAAACAGAAACUUUGAUAUACUGAGUGUUGCAAACAUUCGGAAAGUGAUUCGGAUUGACAUUCAUUAUCAGGGUGGUGGGGGGUGGGGUGGGGGCUAGGGAAGCAGAAGUCGAGGGUGCUGAAGGCUCCUGAAUGAAAUUAGGGGAGUGGUCUGGGCAGGAGGGGGAGGGGGAGCCCUCUGUUUCUGAAUUUUUCCAUGGGUUAUUUUUAGUCUUUAAUAUGUAAGAAGUUUCUUGUCUUGGAUGGCAACUCAUCUAAGAGAAGGCAAACUCUGAAAUCAAACCUGGAGAUGAAAUCCCGUAGGCGAAAUGACAUUGACACAUUAAAAAUUCCGACUACUCCUGCGAUAUGGAACACAUAAAGAGAAUAGUGAAACAUACAAAGAAAAACUGCUGGUCAUCUACUUUAUGUCCAAAAUCAUAAAAUUUACUUCCCAAAUCUCUGGGCAUUCAUUCAACUUUCUGGAUAUUACAAUAUUAUCAUAUUUAUUCACAUCUGCCUACUACAAGCCUACAGACAGCCAUAGUUACCUACUGAACUCAUCCUCCCACCCCAAAUCAGUUUUCCAGAUGUUAAGAAUUUGUCAUAACAGGGAGAAAGUAGUGCAAUAGGCCUAUCAUUAUUACCGAUGUGACAUCAGAUCAUGUUUUCUAGAAUCAAAUAACACUUCUUAUUUAUUAAAGCAUCAUUUUUAAUUUAUGAUGUUAAACUUGGCCAAUUAAGUUUUAAUUUAGCAUUAGAUAUAUUUUUGCUGUGGAGACAUUUUAAUUGAUCUGAUUGUAUUAGUUAAAUCUCCUUUAAUUUUUUACUUGUGGUUAGGCUAAACACAUAAGCUUUAUAGUUCAAUUCAUAGAUAUUACAGUGACUUGUGGGGGAAAAGAUUUUUUCUUAAUCCUUAGAAGGUUUUAAGCUAUUUACAAAUUUUAACAGAAUAACUAUGUGCAAAUUAAGUUGAAAAAUGAGGGAAUUGUUGAAGCAUAUACAUAAUAAUGUUUUUUGUCAAAAUCUAGUUAUUUCAGUUUCCAAUUUAAAAAAGAUAUUGUGUUAACCAUUACAUUCUCGUUUACUGGUCUUUGUUUCUUCAGACUGUCACGCCAGCUGCAGAUUAUGACGGAGAGAUUGCCCCUGGUAGAGUGCGAUGUAUUGGUGGAAAAACAUAGUCACGUGCAACAUGUGACCUUAAACCGCCCUCAAACGCUAAAUGCCAUCAACCUGUCCAUGGUCAGAGAUUUAACAGCCAAGCUCAUGGUAUUUGGAUUUAUUGAAGUGCAUGUUUUUUUUUUCUUCGGAUCAUCAUGUUAAUUCAUUUUAAAAAUUUUUAUUUUUUCAAGUAGAAAAAUAAAAAAGUUUUUUUCUCUUUUUUUUUUCCCCAGAUUUGGAGAAAUGAUCCUCAGACUUCUGUGAUAACUUUGAAAGGUGCUGGAGAAAAAGCAUUUUGUGCUGGUGGUGACUUAAAAUGUGAGUCAAUUGACUAACCAUGGGUGGUAGGGAGAGAGGAUCCGUUUGUAGUCUGUCACUGGGUCAAUGGGGUAAUUCUAGAGUGGGUAUACCGGAAGGAACAUGCCAAGUCUGAUACAGGAAUCAUCUCUAUGUCUUGCCAAACCAUAUAUUUCUAUUUGCUGUGCAUGAAUUCAAAAUUUUCCUCUUACUAUAAUAGCAGGAUUAUAUAUUUGCAAGAGGGUGAUAGAAAAAAACAACAACAUCCUUAUUUCCAUCCUCUAAUCCUUGACAUGUUUCAAUCCUCAAGUCACUAAUAUACCAAUAACCAUUUUUUUGUUUUCAUGUAUUUUUUAAUGUAUUUUUUAAGAGAUCAUUUUUAACAUUUUAUCAUAAGUCUGUUCAUUUUGUUUUGUCAUUUAAAAUGUUUAAAGUAUUUACAUUAAAAAAAAAAAAGUUUAAUUAAUUUCUCAACUUGCUUAUUUGUGUUAAGCAUGAUGUAAAUUAGCUGUUCAUUUUCAUUGCAGCAAUUACUUUCUCUGCUAGAGAAGGUGGCAACUAUGGCCAGCAGUUCUUUAAGGAAGAAUUUACACUAAACUACAUUAUAGGUAGGAUUAUGUAAAAUAUUUUAUCGUUUGUGUGAAAAUGUUGAGAUUUUUUUUUUGGUGUUGAAAAUUUCAUGUACUAGACUUUCUUAUUGAAUAGAAUGAAUUGACAUACAGUUCAAGAUUUCAAGGAUUAAACAAAUGGAAUUUACGAUUUGCAUCCUGUUAUCACAUUUUAUUAGAAAAUUAGUGUUUAGCUUUUUAGAUCUGGUUAACUGAUUUAAGAUUUUUAGAUCUGGUUAACUGAUUUGAUUAAGAUUUUUAGAUCUGGUUAACUGAUUUGUUUAAAGAUACAUCUUCCAGUCUUUUAACACAAACUGCUAGAUUUUUUAUUGUUUAGAGAAAAGUCCAAGAAUUUAACAUUCAAGCUGCACAUUUGUAUUUCUCUUAUUUAAGGAACGUACCCAAAGCCUCUCAUCUCAAUACUGAAUGGCAUCACUUUUGGAGGGGUUAGUCAUGAACUGUAGCUUUAGCUUAGUGUAACCUUAUUGUCAACUAUACUCAUUUAUAGUGCGAUUUAAAAAUUACAUAUUUCACUUAUUCAAGGAAGCCAUUAUAAAUUAGUUUUAGAUUUUGAAAUAUUUUUUAAUAAUUCUAAUAAAAACAAAAUCGCCUUUGAUUUGUUUUAAACUUGUGCCAUUUCAGUGGUACUAUACUUUUGUUGCUGGUUUUUCCCCAGGCUGCUGGCUUGAGUGUGAUAGGACGUUUCUGUGUGUCCACUGAGAGAAGUGUUUUCAGCAUGCCAGAAUGUGCAAUAGGUUAGCCAAUGUGUUAUGUUGUACUUCUUUAUUCUGCCGAAGAUUUCUAUUUUUAGCACAUAGAUGGCUUGGAGUUACAGGCUGAGAGUAUUUUAAAAUAAAUUUCAUCUUUUCAGCUUUUCAUCUUUCAUAUGUAAAGUUAAUUGAAGCUGAUAAUCAGGAUAUUUCAAAUUUCGUUUUUUUUUUUUUUUUUUAAUGUAAUGAGUUCAGUAGUAUUGUCUAUAGCAUGUUUAAUAUUUUUUAAUGAUUAUAGGUUUGUUCCCCGAUGUUGGUUCUGGCUAUUAUCUGUCUCGGUUACCUGGCAACAUAGGACUGUUUCUUGGAAUGACUGGUCAUAGGUUAAAAGGUCGGGACAUCCAACAUGUAGGACUUGCUUCCCACUACAUAGAUUACAAUCAAGUAUGUUUAUUUAAGGAAUAAAUUAACGUAUAAAUCCAGUUAUAAAUUUUAAAUACUAACUUGGCAUCUGCAUGAGGUUGUCUGGUAUAUUAUUCUAUUAUCAUAUGAAAUUUACCUGAUUAUUGAAUUGAUCAGCUAAAAUGGCACUUGUUUUUUUUUCUUUGCUUUGUGUUAUUGUAAUGUGAACACAGCAUUCAUCAAUGUGUCAACUCCUAUACAGUCUUCUUGGAUUUGAUUACAUUCGUCAAGUUCUUUUCACACGUUGAAGCGUCAUACUAUUCUCACUAUCAUCGAACAAACUCAACUCCUUUUCAUAAUAACUAUAACUUUAAUGUAUAAGUAAAUAUAAUACACAUAACACUUGAAUAUAGCGCAGCUCGCUAUCUGACCUAAAUAAUACACAUCCUAUCACUCCAAAGAUCCACUCAAGACUGCCGCACGACUAAAACAUACGUCACAAUACUGCAUAGACAAUACGUCACGAAUCAGCAUAAAAAUAUGUCAUAGAGACAAUGGCGAGAAGAGCGUUCACUAACCAUAAUAGUCAAGCGCGGGAAAAGCGUUCAACAACUAAUGAACAUAAUAUUGAGUCGCAACAAUUACUAAUGAACGCUCAUACUCGACACAAUGCUUCUGCUCCAACAGUUCUUAUCCCCCUGAAAUAUAAGGAAGUAUUUUCGUUUCUCUUGCAUCUUAAGUUAUAUAUUAUUGAAGUGAAAAUUCUACUUGUUUCAGAUAACAUUGUUAGAGAAAAACUUAGAAAACCUUUCCCAUCCAGUCACAGCCGAAGAGGUCAACAAUGUACUCAAUGAAUUUCAAAGAAAAGUAAGCUACUACAGUAGUGCUAUUAAUUAACUUUAAAAUCAGAAUCAAUAGAAAGUCACAUUACUUUAAAAUAAAGUCAAAUUUAUUUAAAAUAGUCUUAUUAAUUUAAAAUCUAGAAAAAAAAAAGCCUAUUUGCAUAAAAAUAACAUUUAGAUGAAAUGUAGUAUCCAAGGGGACAGGAAGAUACUCCAUUUCAACUAAGUUUUAUUUGUAUUUAAUUCUGUUAUAACUGUUGUUUGUUUGAUGAUGAAGACUUCUUUUGUUGUUUUGUUGCGUUCUAUUUAUCAGGUUUUCCUAUGCUUUGUUUCGCUCAUUUCCAAGGAAAAAUUAUUGCAGUAUUUGUGAAUAAAUGUAAAUAUUUUCUGCAGAGACCUCCCCCCCCCCCCCCCCCCCCCCCCCCCCCCCCCNCCCAAUAUGCAUACAUACCCAAAAUCUCCAAAAACUAUAUGGAUGCCCCUUAGCCUUAUAUUCUUUGCAUAUUUCUGUCUUUGUGAAGGUGUAGCUUAUAUAUGUUUGGCUUUUUCUCGAGUGGUUUACCAGGCUGAUCCUGGAAAGGAAGUCCACUUAAAAAUCUGACCUGAUAAAAACACAGCACUGCCACAGUAUUUUCAGCUCACAUUAUUUUUAUUGAAUCGCAAGCUGUAAGUCAUCUCAGUGUUGUAUUCACUACUUAUGGUUCAGUGAUUAACUGUUCCUUGACUCUGUACAGAGUGACACCAAUUUCACAGAGAGAUUUUCACUGGAGCAACACAAAGAACAAAUCAGCAAGUGCUUCAGUGGGGGAUCAGUCGAGGAGAUAGUGGAGAGCCUGCGACUGGAUGGUUCAGAGUGGGCCCUCAAGCAACUGGAGCACAUUAAAAAAAUGGUAUGAGAACUUUAGCUAAAUCCCUGUAUAUAAAUAUAAAUAUUGGUUUGUUAAAAUAAAUAGAGUUUUUUUUUUUUUGAUUGCCUUAAUUUAUAUGUCUAACUAUAACAGUAGUUAAGACUUAAUUAAUUUGAAGGGGAGGUGUGCUUUUGUCCCCAUUAAAAAGGGGGAGGGGGGCUCAUGUUAUAUAAUUUUGAUUUUAAGAUUGGGGGUUGGGGGGCAGGGUUAUUAAAAAGAAAAUCCUAUACUUAUGUUGACCAAAAAACCCCUUAAGUUGCACAUUGUUGCUUUAAAACAAGGUUUUAACACUUUUAGUCCAUAGACCUCAUUUUGCCAGUCAGAUGAAGGCCAUGGAGCCUUGUUGUAAUGACAUAUUUAGAUACAUAUACUAAAAUUACAAAGGAAAUACCAAGAACCCCUGCUCUGAAAAGUAAAAAUGAAAUGUCUCAGUAAAUAUCCCCCCUCCACUUGUCUCCAACCCACCCCUCAACCAGUGUAAAAAGUAAGCUGUGAGACCUGACUGUCAAUGAUGACAAGUUAAGCCAAAUGAAAAAAAAUCAAAUAGCUUGAAAUGAGAUGUGUUUAAUUGACUUAAUUUUGUUUUUUCCAAUUCAAUUGAUUUUCACAAAUCAAAUAUUUCAAGUUUUAAUUAUUAGUUUUGUUAAGGUUGUUUUUUAAUGACAUAAUAUGUGAAGCCUUGAUUAGAAUGUGAUAUAAUCUUCACGACGGGAUAAAUUAAUCUAUCAUCACUCUUCAGAGUCCAACUUCUCUAAAAAUUACAUUCCGUUUAUUGAAAGAAGGAUUGAAAAAGACUUUGGCUGAGACUCUCUGUACAGAGUACAGGCUGACGCAGAGGUGUGUAGCGGACAAGGAUUUUCAUGAAGGGAUCAGAGCAGGUAGGAUGGAGCUGCAGUUAGAGAAGAACAUAUUAAUAUAGAGUAGUUCGGGGAGGGUGAACAAGUCAACGUCAGGCAAAAUUCAAAGUGAGAUAUUUAUGAUACAGCCUUAUGUUAUCACAUAUCAUUAAAAAGGCCAUAAUUAAAUUGCAAUAUGUAAGAAAAAAGAAGAAUGAGAGAAAAAAGUUCUGCCACACAAAUAGGUUUCAAAAAAUUAUUUUUACAGUAUAUGAAAAAAUUGUACAUGCAAAACUAUUUGGAAGCUCUAAAUCUAAUAUUUAUUGAACAUCAUCUGUUAUUUAGAGGUUAAUCAAAAAUUUCUUGUAAAUGAUUUUUAAAAAAAUCCUUUUAUAAUAUUGAAUUAAAAAAAGAUAAAAACAGUAUUCUGUUGUUAAUUAACCUCAUUCACCAUACAUAAAUAUUUCAUGGAAAAAUUUUUUUAUGAGCAAUAUACUAAGAAAAUUUUAGAUAGAUGACAAAAUAAUACAAUUUUACUGAUUUUGGACAUCAUUGGCUAUAGCAUUAUUUUGGUUUAACAAAUUGAAAAUAAGCUAAUUACUGGAACUAUAUAUAUAUAUAGAAUUGCCAUAUUUAUUUUCUUUUACACAACUUGAAUGCAGUCUAUCAAUUAUUAUCUUUUAUUUUCUUUCAGCCAUUCUGGACAAAGACCAGUCUCCACGGUGGGAACCAGCUACCUUAGAAGAAGUCUCCCAAGAAAGAAUAGACUAUUAUUUCUCACCAAUGGGCGAGGAGCAGGAACUCUCUCUAACAAAAUUUGUUUCUUGAUAACUGGUACACUGUUUAUUUCCACACAGUAAAAAGUAUUGUUUUAUUUAUUGAUUGUUAUGUGAUAUUAACAUCUACAAUGGGCAGUCAAAGCAAUCUGAGUGCUUCAUUAGCUUGCUCUGGAGGCAACCAGAAACACAGUCCUGGAAUUCUACUGCUAUCAAAGAAGGCAGAUGACUUCCUUAUAAUGUCAUCACUGACUGUCUGGAAAAUAAAAAAAUAAAAAAACAAGUUUGAUUGAGCUGAAUAUUCUUGAUCAUGUUGUAGAGAUCAUCAUACAGGGUAGAUGAGUCAAAACUAAGUUUUGAUAAAAAAACUGUUAUUAUCCCAUAACCCCUGUUCUUGCUACGGGAAAAAAACCAUUCCACACAAAAAUCUGUAAAUCGUAAAUUCUCCUGCUACAUUAUGCUGUACUGCAACUGAUAAUGCUGAUAGUCUUAAAAUAACUGUUUGGCCAGAUAAGCAUUGAAUGGGAUGAACUGCUCCCCCCAUGUCCUUCUGUACACUGUUACUUCAAAACUGAAAGGUGUUUGUCAUUUGUUGACCAAGUUGGUGGUCUUAACCUUAAGUUAAAAAUACAUUUUUAGUAGAGUUGAUAAUUAUAGCAGAAGAUUAUUACUUAUUAGUUCUUUUUUUUAAAACAGCAUUAUUUUUUUUAACAUGCUCUUUCUUAUGGUUGCUGUCACGGCUACCUAAAGGUUUGGACUGUAAACUACACAGUAGCAAUGGAAAAGGUGGUGAAUAGAAUUUAAAAGACUGUUAGUCUGUUUGCUAUUGAUCCUAUCGGCAGAUCAACAUUUUUCAGGGGAAAACAAAAAGGAGGCUUAGUUUAGGUCAGUGGUCUUAACUUUUAAAGGAAACUAAUUUUUGUUGUCCUUAUUCAAGAAGUUAUUUUUAUUUGGAAAAAUAGUAGAAAAUUAUACAUUCCAAUGAUUUUUGUAUUGAUAAUGAUUUAAGAAUCAUCCAUAUAGCAUGUAUACUACUGAGGGGACAGUGCUGAAAUAGGAGAAAUGGCAAGAACUAUGACAGCCAUCUUUUCUAGUAUUAACACAUUGCUGUCGUAAUUAAGGAAGAAAAAAAAAUGCAGAUUUCUCAUGGUUGAUACAUCCGCCAUCUUUUCUAGUAUUAAAUAUUAAUAAAUUGGUGUUCUUUUUUUUUUUUUUUAUACAACCU